GACUGGAAGUCGUGGCAAUCUUACUUUAAAACCACAUCCUCUUAUUGCAGGAGAUCAGUCCAGUUGAAGUUCUUUUAAAACAUAUAACUGAAAAUUUGGUGAUUAUCCAGCCGUGACUGGAUAAGCAGUUAUGCAAAUCUCACGACGUGUAGCCAGCGACACCCGUCUCUUUAUCGAAGUAAUUGGUUUCCACCUAAGACACUGUGCCCAUUAUUCUAAAUUAAUGGAUUCAGUAAGGCGCCGUUAACCUCCCAUGGUGAGAGCACUUCCUCAAGAGAUCAGCUCCAACUUUAUUCAGUUCAUAUUUUUUUUUACAUCUCUCCACCAUAAAAUGAUACAUCGGAGGAAAAUUAUAUUCCACCACAACAUGGUCACUCGGCCACGAUUACGAAGCCUUUUCAAAGGCUGGAUUUAGUUUAUUUGAGCGUUUAUUGCCAGACAUGGAGACAAUGGUCUUGAAUAAAAUCUACAAUCGGGUUCACACCUUGUUAACACCGCCAUUAGUCUCCCUUUACAUUCGCUGAUUGGUGAUUUACAUUUGCGACCAAAUAGCAUCUUUACUGCUGUUUACCAAGGCUUUGAGGGGCACUGAAGAGUGAAAGGGAGCAUUUGAUAUAAAAAGUCAAGCUUCCAGGACCCUGCAGUCACUCCAACUCCAAGUUGCUGGCUGGUUGUGUGGAUCGAGAACACCGGUGCAUCAGGAAUCUAUCGAGACCUCAGAGAUGUUGAUGCUUGUGAUCUUUGCCACGUUAGUGUGCGCGGCCGCUGCACGGCCCUCACUGAACUACCUGGAGAAUCACUUCACCUCCGAGAACGAGUCAGAGGAAGUCCGCUCAGCUGCUAUCAAGAGACUUUUGGAAGUUUUUGGAAUGGAGGAUCCCCCUGCUAUCCAUGGACACAAGCAGCCCCCUCAGUACAUGCUUGACCUGUACAACACGGUUGCAGAUGUGGACGGUGUGACAAAGGACCCGGAUCUUCUGGAGGGGAAUACUGUGCGCAGUUUCUUUGACAAAUUGCGCAGCGAACAGGUGGAGUACAGGUUCAACUUGUCCACGGUUGCCAGAACUGAGAAGAUUCUCACUGCAGAGCUCCAUCUUUUCAAGCUGCGUCCUCAGGCAACGCUGACAUUCAGCAGACAUCAUUUCUGCCAGGUUAGUGUUUAUCAGCUGCUUGACACCAGCAGAAACAACAACACACAAGAGAAGAAGCUGCUGUCCUCUCGACUCAUCCCAGUCCACUCUGCUGGCUGGGAAGUGUUCACCAUUACGCAAGCAGUCCGCUCGUGGAUGUUGGACGAAGGCAGUAACCUGGGACUCCAUGUGGUGGUUCGGACCCUGGGUGGAAGCCAGAUGGAUAAGAAAGUGAUCCGCUUUGCCUCAGGACGCAACCACCAUCAGAGCAAACAGCCCAUGUUGAUCCUCUUCACUGACGACGGCCGCCGCUCCGCUACUCUUGAAAGCACAGACCCAAAUGAUACCGCAGCCACCUCCAGCCUGCCCCAGGCCCCCGUGUCAGGCCCAUCCUCUCGCAGCGCUCGCUCUGUGGACUACAGUGAGGAGGAAGGUGUGUCUAUGCCCUGCCAGCGUCUGCCGCUCUACGUCGACUUCGAGGAGAUCGGCUGGUCGGGCUGGAUCGUGUCUCCCCGGGGCUACAAUGCCUACCACUGCAAAGGAUCCUGCCCUUUUCCCCUGGGUCAGAACAUGAGGCCGACCAACCACGCCACCGUCCAGUCCAUCAUCAAUGCCCUGAAGCUGAUCAAAGGCAUUGAGACGCCGUGCUGCGUGCCCGACAAGCUGUUCUCCAUCAAUUUGCUCUACUUCGAUGAUGAUGAGAAUGUGGUGCUGAAACAGUAUAACGACAUGGUGGCUGGAAGCUGCGGCUGCCACUGACAUCGACUACUGGUCACUGGUGUUGGGCUGCACAGUUACUCAUUGUUUACAGCUUACGAGUAAAUUGGUAAAGUAAUUACGAGGAAUGAAUGAUGUGCAAAGCCCCAUAUGUGGCAUUGUAAUAUAUGUAAAUACCCAAAAAUUAUAAUAUAUGGAAGUGAUGGAAGUUAAAAAUGUAAAUGAUCCUGUGAAAGAUGUAAAUGUGUAUAUUUUGUGUUUUCUGUUAUGAAUUAUUACACAGAAUAAAUUCUUUAAAAAAAAGACUGUGAGAUUUGAAAAAUACUUACAAUACUAUACACAAAAUUUGCCAUUAUUUCAAGAAGAUCUAAAUUCAUAAUAAGUAAUUUCACAGGAAAUUUUGCAAGUAUAUGGAAACUAUCACAACAAACAACUCAGACUGUACAGGCAAAAGUCCAUGACUGAGUAUAGUGAGACAAUAUCACAACAUUUCCUUUGCACUGGGUCAGAUCAUACAAUUUUCAGGACUAUAUACAGCUCUAACAUUGCUUUUAUUUUCUUAAAACAGACAAUAAGACAGAAUGUUUUUUCUGAUAUUGAUU